AUGACUGGAGAGUAUUACAAGCCUAGCAACCCCCGUCUUCCAUCUUGGGUUCCCGAUUUUGGUUCGAGAUCUACCAGGCCAGUCUCCUCUUUUCUGCCCAACCAAGAUGUAGGAGAGUCGCAGCGAGUAUUCAUGACAGCUGGACCAGAUCGGUCAAGAUCCUUGUCUGCUAUUCAGUUUGGAGAUGACCCUCGUACGCUGAUUCUACGAGGCCGUGUGUUUGACGUGGUCAACCAACGCGGAGAAGUUUACCCCUCCCCAGAUGACAUUAAUUUUGCUAGCCGCGCAAGCAAACCGAUCCUUGAUCAGUGGAAAACCAUGGCUAUGAACACUCAGUCUGGAACAUAUCAUUCGCUUCAUGCUAAAGAGGAUGCCUUUUGGAGAACAACUUUGAUCGACCUACAGGUCGAAGGGCUCCAUUUCGAGGAAAAUGCUGGGUGGAUCCCAGCACAGCGACUCCCAGUAGAUGCAAAAUACAUCCCGCCUAAAACCACGAAGGAGGAGGGACAUUUGCUGCAAGCUAUGGAGCAACGACAGCUUUGCUUGAACGGGCGAAGGUUUUGUAUAACUAAGAAAGGUCAUUUCUGCUUAUUGCCACUGACUGCUUCCGAAAAGGAUGUGAUCUGUGUAUUGCUGGGCGGAGAGGUGCCCUACGUACUGAGACGUACCGAUGAUCAAAGCCAAGAUUCAUAUACAAUGGUGGGAGAAUGUUAUGUGCAUGGGAUCAUGGAUGGUGAGGCUAUUGUCGACAUUCUGGAAGGCAAAGACAAGGGCGAUGUCUUCAGGCUGCGUUGA